AUGGUGACGGGCGGACGUGGGACUGUGGUGGCAAUGGCGGCUUGGUCCACCUUAAACGCUGCGGGUGUGACUCUGUUCCUCUUGUUGGUCCUUCUCCGCGUCUCACAGGCUCAGACCUUCUUCUUCCCUUUCCGGCAGCCGGAGACGUGCGGCCACAACCAGUACUUCGAUAUCUCCGCGCUCUCCUGUGUCGCGUGUGGAGCCAAUCAGAGGCAGGAUGCUCGAGGAACUGUAUGUGUGUGUCUACCAGGAUUUCAGAUGAUCUCUAAUAAUGGAGGACCUGAUAUUAUUUGUAAAAAGUGCCCAGAAAACAUGAAAGGUGUUACUGAAGAUGGCUGGAACUGUAUUUCUUGCCCUGGUGGUUUAACUGCAGAAGGAAAAUGCCACUGUCCCACUGGCCAUAUUUUAGUGGAAAGAGAUGUUAAUGGAACGUUGUUGUCUCAAGCAACUUGUAAGCUCUGUGAGGAAAGUGAAAACUCUUUUACAAUAGCAAAUGCUUUAGGAAACAGGUGUGUCCAAUGUGAACCAACAUUCAUUAAUACCAGCAGGUCCUGUGUGUGUUCAGAACCUAACAUUUUAACAGGAGGAUUAUGCUUCAGCAGCACAGGGAAUUUCCCUCCACGUAUGAUUUCAGCUGCACGUUAUGGAGAUCUUGGCAUGUCUUUCACUUCAGAAUGGUUUGCAGAGUAUUUGCAAUCAUCAGCAGCUGCUUGUUGGGUGUAUGCCAAUCUAACAUCUUGCCAAGCUCUUGGAAAUAUGUGUGUGAUGAAUAUGAAUUCUUAUGACUCUACCACUUUUGAUGCAUGUCGACUGUUUCAGUUUAUCUUUGAAAAUACUGCUGGACUGGGCACUGUUCAUUCUGUUUCAUUUUGGAGACAGAAUCUUCCAUGGCUGUUCUAUGGAGACCAGCUAGGAUUAGCACCUCAAGUACUCAGUACUACACCUCUUCCUACAAAUUUCAGUUUUAAAGGGGAAAACCAGAAUACAAAACUGAAGUUUGUUGCUGCUUCUUAUGAUGUAAGAGGAAAUUUUCUCAAGUGGCAAACUUUAGAAGGAGGUGUUUUACAGCUUUGUCCAGACACAGAGACAAGACUAAAUGCUGCUUAUUCCUUUGGAACAACCUAUCAACAGAAUUGUGAGAUUCCUAUCUCUAAGAUCUUAACUGACUUCCCCAUGCCUACAUUUUAUGAUGUGUACCUUGAAUAUACUGAUGAAAAUCAACACCAAUAUAUCUGGGCUGUACCUGUGUUAAACUUAAAUCUUCAGCACAAUAAAAUAUUUGUGAACCAAGACAGUAGCUCUGGCAAGUGGCUUCUGACUCGGCGCAUUUUCUUAGUGGAUGCACUAAGUGGAAGAGAAAAUGACUUAGGAAGUCAGCCAAGAUUAAUUCGAGUUGCUACCCAAAUAUCACUGAGUAUCCGCCUUGUGCCCAACACAAAAAAUGGAAAUAUCUACCCUCCCUUAAUUACCAUUGCCUACAGUGACAUUGAUAUCAAAGAUCCCAACAGCCGGUCUGUGAAGGUUUCUUUCUCGGUCACAUAUGAAAUGGAUCAAGGAGAAGCACAUGUCCAGACAGAUAUUGCUUUGGGUGUGUUGGGUGGACUAGCUGUUUUAUUGUCUCUUUUGAAGACAGCAGGGUGGAAGAGACGCAUUGGGAGUCCCAUGAUCGAUUUACAGACAGUUACAAAAUUCUUGGUUUACUAUGCUGGUGAUCUGGCCAAUGUUUUCUUUAUCGUCACUGUGGGAACAGGUCUUUACUGGCUUAUUUUCUUCAAAGCACAGAAGUCUGUCUCUGUUUUGCUACCAAUGCCGGCUCAGGAAGAACGUUUUGUUACUUAUGUGGGAUGUGCUUUUGCUCUGAAGGCUCUGCAAUUUUUGCAUAAGCUUAUCUCCCAGAUUACCAUAGACAUAUUCUUUAUUGAUUGGGAGCGACCUAAAGGAAAGGUUCUUAAAGCUGUUGAAGGUGAGGGUGGUGUUCGGAGUGCUACCGUUCCCGUAAGCAUAUGGAGAACAUAUUUUGUGGCAAAUGAAUGGAAUGAAAUUCAGACUGUGAGAAAAAUUAACCCACUCUUUCAAGUACUUACUGUCCUCUUCCUUUUGGAGGUUGUGGGAUUCAAGAACUUAGCAUUAAUGGACUCAUCUUCUAGUCUUUCCAGAAGCCCACCUAGCUACAUAGCUCCUUAUAGCCGCAUUUUGAGAUAUGCGGUGUCUACUGCUCUUUGGCUAGUCAUUGGAAUUAUACAGAUUGUGUUCUUUGCUGUCUUUUAUGAGAGAUUUAUAGAAGAUAAAAUUCGACAGUUUGUUGACUUGUGCUGUAUGAGCAACAUAUCAGUGUUUCUGUUAUCCCACAGAUGUUUUGGUUAUUACAUUCAUGGUAGAUCAGUACAUGGGCAUGCCGAUACUAAUAUGGAAGAAAUGAAUAUGAAUCUUAAAAGAGAAGCGGAAAAUUUGUGUAGCCAAAGAGGUUUGAUACCCAAUACAGAUGGUCAAACUUUUCAAAUUGCUAUUUCUAGCCAGAUGAGACAACAGUAUGACAGAAUUCAUGAGACACUAACAAGGAAAAAUGGCCCUGCUAGACUAUUGAGUUCAUCAGGAAGUACUUUUGAGCAGAGUAUAAAAGCAUAUCAUACUAUGAAUAAAUUUCUUGGCUCUUUCAUCGAUCAUGUUCAUAAGGAAAUGGACUACUUUAUAAAAGAUAAAUUGCUUCUUGAAAGAAUUCUUGGAAUGGAAUUCAUGGAACCAAUGGAAAAAAGCAUCUUUUACAAUGAUGAAAGUUAUUCUUUCAGCAGUGUUCUGUAUUAUGGAAAUGAAGCCACUCUUCUUAUUUAUGAUCUGAUGUUCUUCUGUGUUGUGGAUUUGGCUUGCCAAAAUUUUAUUUUAGCAUCCUUCCUUACGUACCUACAGCAAGAGAUUUUUAGAUUUAUUCGUAAUACAGUAGGACAGAAGAAUUUGGCAUCCAAAACAUUGGUGGAUCAAAGAUUUCUGAUUUAAUUUAUUGAAUAGAU